AUGGCAUCCAACUUUGAUUCCAGCGUUCUUGUCACCGGUGGUACUGUCGGACUAGGAUAUCAAUGUGCGCUUGCGAUUGCGCGUCAACACCCAAACUACCAAGUUGUUGUAGCCUCAAGAUCGGAUCUUAAUGCAUCUGCGAAUGCCAUUAAUGAAAUUCUUGAUCAAGAAAAUGUUCUUUUUAUGAAGCUUGAUCUAUCCUCGUUCUCUGGAGUCCGCUCAUUUGUCGCCGAAUGGGAACUCAAAAAGUUCCCUCCAAUUCAAUCCCUGGUCUUCAAUGCUGCUUUACAAUUGUCCGGUCCGCUUGAGUACUCGGUGGAUGGAAUUGAGAAGACAUUUGCCAUCAGCCAUGUUGGACACGCCUUGCUUUUCUCGCUUUUGAGAUCUCAUCUGGCCGAUACUGCCCGCAUCGUGAUUGUCUCGAGUGGCACACACGAUCCUGCACAGAAAACUGGCCUUCCUGAUGCCAAAUAUAGAUCGGCUGAGGAGCUCGCUCAUCCACCUGCAGCUUUGGCCAGGGCAAAUGGUCGCCAACAUUACACCAAUACCAAGCUGGCCAAUGUCCUUUACGGCUAUGCCUUGCAUCGACGUUUUCAGACGAUCCAGAAGAAGAGCGGGAAGCAUUGGACGGUCACUGUUAUGGAUCCCGGUCUCAUGCCUGGAACAGGUAUUUUUCGGGAUGCCAACCCAGUAUUCCGUUUUCUGUGGGUAUGGCUGGUGCCCAGAAUAUUGCCGGUCCUGCGAUUCUUACUUACGCCCAAUAUAAACACACCCGAAGAAUCAGGGGCAGCGCUUGCUCGAUUGGCAGUCGGUUCGGAUGUCGAGGGGGCAAGUGGCAUGUAUUUUGAAGGUAGAAAAAAGAUCAAGUCUAGUCAGUUAAGCUACGACGAAGCCAAGCAGGAGGAUUUAUGGGAAUGGACUGUUGAUAGUCUAGCCAUCAAUCAAGAGGAGAGGUCUGCUUUCGCUCUGCUUGAUCUUGUUUAG